AUGGCUGAAUCCAAACCAGAUCUCGUGAUUUCCUUAAUCAUUGACGGGAAAGAAGAGAAUGGCACUAGUACAUUCGACGUCGUGAGUGCAACAACUGGUGAAGCCUGCUGGAAAGCAGCGUCCGCAAGCUCUGAAGAUGCAAUUCGAGCUGUCGAAAUUGCAAAGAAGGCUUUCCCUUCCUGGUCCAAGGUUAGACCAUCGGAGAAGCAGAAACUACUCUUCAAAGCAGCGGAUCUUUUGGAGAGUAGAAUAACAGAAUAUGGAAACAUCAUGCAAACAGAAAUGGGUGGAGUGGUAGGGCCGGUCCAAGGAUGGAUUCUUCCUACUGCUGUGUCAAUCCUGCGAGAUAUUGCAAGUCACAUUCCCUUAAUGACUGGUAGUGUUCCUACAGUUGCAGGUGAGGGACAAAGUGCUAUGAUCUGGAAAGAGCCAUAUGGAGUGAUAUUAGGAAUUGCACCUUUGUAAGUUUUUCCGUCUUCGAUAGCUAUUUUCACAGCUAAUCCGUCUUGAAGCAAUGCGCCAUUUGCAUUAGGCAUGCGCGCGGCAGCCACUGUAAUUGCGACUGGAAACACAACAGUGCUCAAAGGCUCUGAAUUAACACCAGAUGUUAUUGGGCACUGGGAAAAGUAUUCCACGAUGCUGGUCUACCAGCAGGUGUUCUGA